AUGGGACAGAUAGCACAACAAUUAGCAUCCAACUCUCAAGCCCCUGGAACCCUACCUAGUGGUACGAUAACAAAUCCGCAGGAAUAUAACACUGUUAACGCUGUCACAACCCGAAGUGGAAAGUCAACCGAGGUUAAUGAUAUCGAAAAAGAUGGAUUAAUAGAGGUGGAUUUAGAAAUCAAGGAAACAAAAGUCCAAGAUGAAGAAGCAAUACCACCUCCUGUCCAGGAUAAGGAAAAGGUUCCUAAACCCAUAAUCAAACUUCCUUACCCUCCACGACAGAAGAAGAAGAAUCAACAUGAGAAGAAUUUCGAGAAAUUUCCGGAAAUGUUCAAGAAACUCGAAAUCAAUAUCCCUUUUUCGGAAGCAUUGGAACAAAUGCCAAUAUAUGCCAAGUUCAUGAAAGACACAAUUUCCAAGAAGCGUUCCACUGAUACUGAACCGAUCAUUCUGACUGAAACAUGCAAUGUCGUUCUCCAAGGCAUGAAAAUACCAGUGAAAAAGAAAGACAUGGGAUCAGUUACUAUUCCUUGCACUAUUGGUGAUCGAAAAUUCAAGAAGGCUCUGAUUGACUUAGGAGCAAGUGUAAGUUUGAUGCCACUAUCCAUCUAUAAGAAGCUAGGCAUCGGUUCUGUUCAAGACACUCGAAUGACCCUUUAG